GUAAAGCUCAAUUCUCUCUUCUCCAAACCCAUCGGAGCAAUGUCUGGGCACAACCUGUACGCCGACCGAGAGGAAGAAGACGAUGAGGAGCUCUCCACCAGCGAAAACGAUGAUGAAUUCCUAGAGGAUUUGGAAGCCCUCAAGCAGGCCUGUCUGAAAACAGGUAUUGACCCAAACGAUAUACAAACCGCCGCGGCUGAUUGGAAUUGUCCUCCGGCAUCCGCCGCCACUGCAUCUACCGGUGGUGGUGGCGGACCGUCGGUGUGUGAUUCUGACAGUGAUGAUGAUUUGGAGUUGUUCCGGAGUAUAAGGAAUCGCUUUGCGUUGUCGGACGAUGUUUGCGAGCCUCUCUCUAUGAAGCCUCUCUGCACACUGCCGCCAAUUGCUUCAGAUGACGACGACGCUGAAGAUGAUUUACAGACUCUUCGUGCUAUUCAGAGGCGGUUCUCAGCUUAUACUGCUGCCGAAUCAGGGAGAAAGAGCAAAAGUGAUUGCUUGCCAGGAACAGAUAAGGUUGACCAAUCUUGCACGCCCUCAGAAGAUGUAUCUUGCCAUGAUUUCUUAAAUGAAGCUGUAAAUGAAGCUGAUACAGGUGAGAGAUUUCAAAACUUUGAAGAGGCCCACAGCACUGUUGACUUAUCAAAUGACAACUUGGAGAUGCCAUCUUCUAGUUUAAUUCAGUUGCAUCAGUCAGAUCCUAGGAAGACAUCUGAGAAUUCGACCUUUCCAAAAUCUGCACAGAUGCUCAUUGAUGCAAUUAAAAGGAACCGAUCCUAUCAGAAGUUUGUUCGUAGUAAGUUGGCCCAGAUUGAAACAAAACUUGAGGAAAAUAAGAAAUUGAAGGAAUGUGUUAAAAUUCUUAAGAACUUAGAGAUUUCUUGCAAGAGAAGAACUGGCCGAGCGUUAUCUAUGGGGAAGGAUCCUCGUGUACAAUUAAUUUCAGCCCGAAAGUCACGGACUGCCAAGGAUCUAGAGGUAUUUUAUUGUAUUCCAAUCACAGUCACCUUGUCAGGUUUGCUUGCAGAGGGAUCUUGGAGAGAUGGAAGUAAUUUGGAUGGCAUUCUUGCAUCAAUCAAAGAUCUUGAAAUUACCCCAGAGAGGAUUAGGGAAUUUCUUCCAGAAGUCAACUGGGAUCAGUUAGCUUUGAUGUAUGCUCCUGGUCAUUCUGGUGCAGAAUGUGAAGCGAGGUGGUUGAAUCAUGAAGAUCCCUUGAUCAAUCGUAGUCCAUGGACUGCUGAAGAAGACAAGAAUCUUUUGUUUAUUAUCCAAGAAAAGGGGAUUGCUAAUUGGCAAGAUAUUGCAGUAUCAUUGGGAACCAACAGGACCCCAUAUCAAUGCCUGGCACGCUAUCAGAGGAGUUUGAAUGCUUACAUACUCAACAGGGAAUGGACUGAGGAGGAAGAUGACAAGCUUCGUUUGGCAGUUGAAGCAUUUGGUGAGCGUGAUUGGCAGUCUGUAGCUUCAGCUUUGACGGGCCGCACUGGUACUCAAUGCUCUAAUAGAUGGAAAAAAUCACUUCAUCCAUCCAGGCAAAGAGUGGGCAGAUGGUCUGCAGAUGAAGACAAACACUUGAAAGUGGCAGUGAUGCUUUUUGGACCCAAAAACUGGAAAAAAAUUGCUGACUUUGUUCCUGGCCGAACCCAAGUGCAGUGUAGAGAAAGAUGGGUCAAUUCUUUAGAUCCUUCUUUAAGUCGAGGUGAAUGGACUGAAGAAGAGGAUUUGCAGUUGGAAGCAGCUAUUGAACAACAUGGAUAUUGCUGGUCAAAAGUUGCUGCAUGCAUGCCUUCACGAACAGAUAACCAGUGUUGGAGGAGGUGGAAGGCAUUGCAUCCAGAUCAAGUGCCUUUGCUUCAAGAAGCUAGAAGGAUACGAAAAGCUGCUUGUAUAACUAAUUUUGUAGAUAGGGAAUCAGAGCGUCCUGCCCUUGGCCCUAAUGAUUUUAUUCCCUUGUCAAUAAUGGGUUCAACAUCUAAAGCUGAAAAUAUGAAUGCACCAAGGAAACCUAAAAGAAAACUUAGGGAAAUAACACAGCACCAUGGUAAGAGGAAAAAUAGCACACCACCACGUCUUCACCCAGUGAAGAGCAGACCCAAAAGGUGCAGAAAAGAAGUUCAAAGUAAUUCUACAGAAGUCCAUGAGAAAAUUAGUCAAAAUGAGGCUGGGGCCCAUGGUGAACAACAUGCCCGUGGGAAGGAAAGAAGAUUACAACAGUAUGGAAGUAAUAGUUGCAGUAAACCAGGUUUAGACAAGAGAUUAUCACUUCCACAUUCAGCAGUUCUAAUAACCAGCCAUGGUAGAGAUGCUGAACCAGUGGGAAGCAGUCCUACUAUAGAGAGGAAAGAGCGUCCCAAAAGAAAUCCUAAAAGGCAUUCUAGUAGGAAGAAAUUUUCUAAAUUAGGCACGGAACAGAAAUUUUCUUGCCCUGAAAAUAAUAGUUCAUGUAUUGAAGGUGAAGGUGAAGGUGAAGGUGAUGAGGGGGUACUUGGUGAGGUUGAUAUUACCAGGGAGAAGGGAGUGAAUGAACCACAAUCAAGAUGCAUGAAACCGUCUCCUCAAAGUUCGGUCACUGUAAAUAAUGAGGCUGCUGAGAAUCUUUCAUCAAACAGAAAUACUUUCAAGGAUGGAAAUAGGGCUCCAGGACAGGAAUGCGAGAGCAGAAACAGUAAUGAUCCAUCUGGGGAUGAUGAUAUGAAUCUUGCCAUCUUUUGCAAUAAAUCGAAGAAGAGAAGGCGUCAAGUUACUGAAAAUGCUGAUACAUCAGAGGCAGAUGGAGAUAACAUGAAACUUGCUACCUUUUUUUCCAGUAAGAUGAAGAAGAGAAAGCAUGUUCUCAAAAAUGCCAACUUAUCACUUUCCAAAGAAGUAGAUCAAAUCAGCAAUGCGGAACAAUUGUUAUUGCCAAUGCAAAAUGCCAAUGCUGAUACCCGUAGUGAUGGUGCCACUCCUGAAAUUAUUACAGCCUGCAGUAGUUCAAAGGAUAUGCAUACAACAGCUAGUGACAGAGAACUUGAGGGUAUGAAUAUUGACGAUUCUUCCCAGGAACCGGUAAGGGAAGUGGAGAGUAGCCAUCAAGAAGGUGAUUUUGAGGCUGGUAAUGUUACCCUUGCUUGCAUGAGAAGAAGAUUGAAGAAGAAACAGGCAACCAUCUUGGGAAGUGGGGAGAAGUAAUUCGAAGUAAUUCCCAGCCACAUAAGGAAAUCAUGAGGGUAUGGUUUUUGGGUAAACACUGUAUCUUGAAAAGUGCAAAUAACAUUGAAAUUUUGUUAAAAUGUUCAAGUUCUUUUGUGCCAACUGGGGAGAUUUUCUCACUUUAUGGGUCGCACAUAUGUAUUUACCCCAAAUUUCAACAAAGAAAAUGACGAAACAAUG